ACUCGUAGAGGAUUAAAUCUCUAAAAUCUAAUUAUCCUAUCCAAUAUCUGUUCAUAGAGGUGAGAGCUAAGAUUUUCCCAUCAACUCUUCUCAUUUUGAAGCUAAAUUCUCUGAUCUCUCUUUCAUUUUUAUUUUCCCUCUAACUCUCUUCAAAUCUCUCACGUUCACCUCUUUGCUUCACUUGAAUCCAUGGAUAUUGCUUCUUCAUCUCUCUCUCAAGCUCACAAGGUUGUUCUCACGCGUCAACCUGCUUCUCGGGUCAACUCCUGCUCCCUUGGUUCUGUCUCCGCUAUUGGAUUCUCGCUUCCUCAAAUCAGCUCUCCAGCUUUAAAUCAAUGUCGCCGGAAACAGAGCUCUUCUUCUUCUGGGUUCGUCAAAGCUUGUGUCGCUGUUGAACAGAAGACCCGUACUGCUAUCAUCAGAAUUGGCACUAGGGGAAGUCCUCUAGCACUUGCUCAAGCAUACGAGACACGAGAAAAGCUCAAGUCGAAACAUCCAGAACUCGUUGAAGAAGGAGCUAUUCACAUUGAGAUCAUUAAAACCACCGGUGACAAGAUUCUAUCUCAACCGCUUGCUGAUAUUGGUGGCAAAGGACUUUUCACCAAAGAAAUUGACGAGGCCUUAAUAAACGGUCAUAUUGACAUAGCUGUUCACUCAAUGAAAGAUGUCCCAACUUACUUACCUGAAAAAACGAUUUUACCUUGUAACCUUGUGCGUGAGGAUGUUAGGGAUGCGUUUAUUUGUCUGACUGCGGCCUCUUUAGCUGAGCUUCCAGCGGGAAGCGUUGUGGGAACAGCUUCUCUCAGGAGAAAAUCGCAGAUUCUCCACAAGUAUCCUGCUUUACAUGUUGAGGAAAACUUUAGGGGUAAUGUGCAGACAAGACUAUCGAAGCUUCAAGGAGGAAAGGUCCAUGCAACUCUAUUAGCACUAGCUGGUCUUAAGAGAUUGAGUAUGACAGAGAAUGUCGCUUCUAUCUUAUCUCUCGAUGAAAUGCUUCCAGCUGUUGCUCAAGGAGCUAUUGGAAUUGCCUGUAGAACCGAUGAUGAUAAAAUGGCAACUUACUUAGCCUCAUUGAACCACGAGGAAACAAGACUAGCAGUUUCAUGCGAGAGAGCGUUUCUUGAAACGUUAGAUGGCUCAUGCCGUACUCCAAUUGCUGGAUACGCUGCCAAAGACGAAGAAGGCAACUGUUUUUUCAGAGGAUUGGUUGCUUCCCCUGACGGUACUAAAGUUCUUGAGACCUCAAGAAAAGGUCCAUACGUGUAUGAAGACAUGGUGAAGAUGGGAAAAGACGCGGGCCAAGAAUUGCUUUCUCGUGCUGGUCCUGGCUUCUUCGGCAACUGAGCCAUUCAAAGAAGAGGAGGAAGAGAUGUGACGCGGACAAAGUCUAGGAUUUAGGAGUAAUUCAACAUCUUCAAGUCCCGUUUCUUCCUCCUCGAUUUGUUGUAACUUUUUUGAUUUUGAGAGAGACAUAACCUUUUGUUUAUUGAUUGUUUUAUUGUAUCUAGAUUAAAGCCCUCUUGCAAUUGUAUCCUUUUUAUCGAAA